AUGUAUAUAUUCGGAGGUAUCACAUCAUAUCAAGCUAAUGACGGCAGAAAAGCAAGUGAAUAUAUUGAUGUAUUAUCUAUGUAUGAUAUUAGUCAAAGAAGGUGGAAAAAACCAAAAAAUAAGGGUGCAGCACCUUCUGCACGUGCCGGUCAUUCUUGUUGUGUUAUCAACAGAGACAUUUACAUUUUUGGAGGAAGACAAGGAACAAUUCUUUUCAAUGAUUUGUACAAGUAUAAUGUAGAUUCUGAAAAAUGGUCUAAAAUACAAACUAAAGGUGAGGCUCCUCAACCAAGUGCUGGACAUACAAUGAGUGCUUACAUGGAUAAGAUUGUAAUUCUAGGAGGUUCUGAUUGGAAGAAAUAUCCAACAGAAAUUUAUGUAUUCCACAUUCCAAGUAAGGUUUGGGUAAAAUGCGCCUCACUCGGAAUUACCACUGGUAGAUUUUGGCAUACAGCCACUGUCUAUGAGGACAAUCUUUAUGUUUACGGAGGUGGUACAGUUGAACUCAUUGACGAUAUUUAUUCAAUCAACUUGAGAUCAUUGAAUGCCAUUUCUGAAGCUACUGCACUGACACCUCAAAGUUCAGCGUCUCCUGUUCCACUACCAGAAAUGCCACUUCAAACAUUCGCAUCAGCGCUCAAAUUUAAAACUAUUUAUAAGGCUGAGAUGAGAGUGUUUGCAAAAGUUCCAAGAGAUGUCACCUACUUGGAAUUAAAAGAAACCAUCAGCAAAUCAUAUGGUUUCCCAGUUGUACUCAAGUAUGUAGAGCUGGAUGACGAAAAAGACGAAAUAACCAUUGGAUCAGACCGAGAAUUAAGAGAUUUUAUCGAAUGCUUUGAAGAAAUGGGUAAGGGUCUGAGAUUAGAGCUUAGCGAGGAAAGAGUUGAAUCUGAUAGUGAUUCAGAAAUUGAUCAAGAAGAGGAAAUUCAAGCAACCACUAACGGCACAGGCAUAAUGUGGAGAAAAGGAGGCCUUUUGGGAAAGGGUGCUUAUGGAGAAGUUUACAAAGGGCUUAAUGUCAAUACAGGUCAGUGGAUGGCCGUAAAAAUUAUUGAUCUCUCUGCAACUUCGGAAAAGGAGAAGAGUUUAGUGGAAAAGCAAAUACUUAACGAAGUCAAUCUCAUGAGCGAUUUACGUCAUGAUAAUAUUGUUCGGUAUCUGGGAGCCGAAUUCAACAGGAAAAGGACCAGACUAUUCAUUUAUAUUGAAUUGGUUGACGGUGGAAGUCUUUCUGAAAUCCUCAAAAAUGUUGGUAAGCUAGAUGAAAGUGUAGUAAGACAAUAUACCAGACAAAUAUUGUUUGGCUUAAAAUACUUACACGAUAAGAAUAUUAUCCACAGAGACAUCAAGGGUGGUAAUAUUUUAAUAGAAACAAAGAGUGGUACUAUCAAAUUGGCUGAUUUUGGUCACAGUAAGAAAAUUACAGAAAAUGUACAAGCUUCUCUUCGUAUUUGUGGUACUCCAAUGUGGAUGGCUCCAGAAAUCAUCAAAGAAUCCAAGUAUAGCAAAGCUUCAGACAUUUGGAGUGUUGCUUGUACAGUAAUCGAAAUGCUAACAGCUGAUGUUCCAUUCCCAGAUCUUGUUUCACUUGAAAAUACUGGUGUCAUGUAUAGAAUUGCCACAGGUGCUGUUCCAAAAAUACCAGAAAAUUUGAGUGAAGAAGGUAAGGUUUUCCUUGCCAAGUGUUUCAAUCAAAGUCCAGGUUCCAGACCAACUGUUGAUGAUUUAUUGAAGGAACCUUUCCUCACAACAUUGAGGUACGUUGGUGUCUCUUAUCCAAAUGAUGAAACAUCCUCAGAGGAGGAAGAAGAAGAGGACGAUGAAUCUUUCCCAUCCCUUGAUGAUUCUGAUUAUGACGAAGAUACUAAUUCUUUCGAUAAGGGGAAACGUCCAUUGUCAACAGGAAGCGAAGAGUCUGAUGGAAUGGAAAAUCCAAAUCCAAACAAUAAGGGAAAAGGUCCACUCGUUGAAGAGGAAGAAGAUGAGGAUGAAGAUUUUACCGAUGAGGACGAAGACGAAGAUGAAGAAGAUUUUUCUGAUGACGAAAGUGAAUCUUCUUCCUACAGUGAAGAUAAAUCUUCUCAAAGUAUCACUCAACAAUUGAGAAACAUUCAAGCCAACAAUCCAAUUUUAUCUAUGGGAUUAAGAGGAAAUUUACCAACUCAAGCACAAGUGGCCCAAGCAGCUCAAUUAAGGAGAGCACCUCCACCCCUUGUUUCAACCCCUUCGACUGGCACUUUAAGAGGUGUUUUGAGAAACGACAUUAAUCAAAUGAAUCCAUACAUUGCACAAACAGUAACACAAGUAGCUUCUACUCCAAGUUCUACUCUGAAUAUUGGUUCCUCAGCUUCACACAGCAAAAGUGUUACUAAAAGUGCUUGUGAUAACGACGUAAUGUCCUUCUUACAAACCAAACAACACAACAAUCAAUAAAAUGUGCCAUCAAAUGUCAUCGCUCUCUUUU